AUGACUAAGAUAGAAGUAGCUAGUCCUGUUCUUCUUCAGCACAGACUUCAGAUUAAAGUAGUGACUGAUCUCGUUGAUGAUCUAUUUUCUCUAAAGUUAACACUAGUUAGAGUUUUGAUACCGACGCUCGACAAUACGACAGUGACGGAUCGAGUUAUGAAAAAGUAUAUUUCCCCUACUUCUACUCAAUUAGGUGAAAUCCAUGAUAAGCCUAACACUACUCCACUUCCUAUCCCUAACACUACCUUCAUCCCUACUACCACAAACUCCAUGGAGCUUGAGUCACCCAAAAAAGAAGUGGCCUUUAAUAAGGAGAAUUGUCGAAAAGUUCUAGCUAAGAUGGUAGUGUUAGAUGAACAUGCAUUUAAAGUUGUGGAAGGUGAAGGUUUUAAACAUCUCAUGAAAGUGGUGCAACCUAGAUUUUUUGUUCCUAUCAGAAUGACAGUUCCUAGAGAUAUAUACCAACUUUAUUUGGAUGAAAAAGUAAAACUAAAAGAGGAGUUGAUCAAAAUGGGUCAAAGAGGAAUAGAGAAGGUGUUUGCCGUGACUGUGGACAAUGCAUCGGCAAAUGAUGUAGUUGUUAGUCUUGUUAAGAGGAGAAUCAAUGCAUGGAAAGGGUCUAUUCUUGAUGGUGAUUUUAUGCAUUUUAGGUGUUGUGCUCACAUAGUGAAUUUAAUUGUGAAUGAGGGCCUAAAAUAUUUGCAUGAUUCAAUUGCUGCUAUUCGUAAUGUUGUGAGAGGCUUGAAGCGAGGACGUUACAGGUCAUCUCCUGCACGAUUGGGAAAAUUCAAAGCUUGUGCUGAGAGAGAAAAGAUUGAUUAUAAAGGUGGUUUGAUUUUAGAUGUGCCUACAAGGUGGAACUCAACUUUUAUGAUGCUAGAUGUUGCUAUUAUCUUUGAGAAAGCAUUUUCAAGGUAUGAGGAGGAAGAUGAUAGAUUCUUGAGUUACUUCAAUGAAAAUGAAAGUGGGAAGAAGAGAGCUAGACCGCCUACUAGUACCGAUUGGGAGAGUGCUAAGAUAUUUGUCAACCGGUAUAAGAUGAAGUAUCUUAAAUAUUGUUUUGAGAGUGUUUAUGAUACUGAAAUUGUUACAAAGAUUGUUGCUGUUGCUGUUGUGCUUGAUCCUAAGUAUCUUAAAUAUUGUUGCUGUUGUGCUUGA